AUGUUUCUGGCCUGGUUUGAGUUGAAUAAGAUUGAUGAUCUUGCAAAAACUCUAACCUAUGCUCAAAUACCAAACUUCUUCACAUAUAACAAGAAGCAGAAGAAGUGGAUUAGGCGAAAAAGAGGCUUUAGCAUUGGGAGGAUUAACUAUGCUCCACGGAAACAAGAAGAUGCUUACUUUUUGCAUGUGUUGUUGAACAUUGUGAAAGGCCCUACCUGCUACGAUGACUUUAAAACCUAUGAAGGUGUUCUUUACCCUAGCUACAAGCUGGCAUGUUUUGCUCGUGGGUUACUAGAUGAUGAUCAGGAGUACAUUGAUGAUAUUUUAAGGAGAAGUCAUGAAAGCACAGCAAGUGAACUGCGCCAAUUUUUUGUUAUGAUGCUGAUGAAUAACAGUUUGUCUAUGCCAGAGGUUGUGUGGGAACGUACAUGGCAGUGUCUUUCGGAAGAUAUCGAGUAUAAUCGCCGAAAGUUUUUCAAACGACCAGGGUUACAAGUCAGUGACGAGGACAAAAAGAAAUAUGCUUUGCAAGAGAUUGACAAUCUUUUGAGGCGUAAUGGUACUUUUCUUGGGAAAUUCGAAUCCAUGCCAAAACUGCCCAAGACAACCCGCCAAGAUUCAAAUGUCUUGAUACUAGAUGAGAGAAACUACUCACGUGAAUCAUUGCUAGAAACCGUUGAGGAAGACAGCCGCAAAAUGACUGAUGAGCAAACUAAAGUUUAUGAUGAGAUCCUUUCGGCUGUAGAUGAGGGAACAGGUGGUAUGUUCUUUGUUGAUGGAUUUGGUGGUACUGGUAAAACAUUCUUGUGGAAAUUAUUGUCUGCAAGUAUUAGAAGUCGAAGUGAUAUUGUUUUAAAUGUUGCAUCAAGUGGCAUUGCUUCAUUGUUGUUGCAAGGUGGUAGGACUGCUCAUUCAAGAUUUGGGAUUCCAUUAAAUCCGGAUGAGUUUUCUUCGUGUACUAUGUCGCAUGGAUCUGAUCAGGCUAAUUUAGUGAAGGAGGCAUCACUCAUUAUAUGGGACGAAGCUCCAAUGAUGAGCAAGUUUUGCUUUGAAGCACUGGAUAGAAGCUUGUCUGACAUCAUGGGAAAAAUUAGCGACAGUCCUUUUGGUGGAAAAGUCAUUGUUUUUGGUGGUGAUUUUAGACAGAUUCUCCCUGUAAUUAAUGGAGCUGCAAGACCAGAAAUUGUGUUGCAAGCACUCAAUAGAUCAUAUCUUUGGGAACACUGCAAAGUGCUUAAACUGACCAAGAUUAUGCGAUUGCUAACAGGUUGCUUGUCAGUUGAAGAUGCAAAGGAUCUAAAGGAGUUUUCUGAGUGGAUUCUGAAAAUAGGGGAUGGUAAAGUUAAUGAGCCUAAUGACGGGGAAGCAGAGAUUGAAAUACCCCCAGAGUUUUUGAUUACUGACGCAGACGAAUCUAUAGAAGCUAUCAGCAAAGAUGUCUACGGAGAUGAGAAGAUCUAUAUUAGCGCAGAUAGUAUAGAUCCCUCAGAUAAAAUUGCUCUAAACAAUGAAGCAUUGGGUCCAGAUUUCCUUAACACUAUCAAGGUUUCUGGUUUGCCUAACCAUAGCCUGAGACUCAAGGUUGGUUGUCCUGUGAUGGUUUUAAGAAACAUUGAUCCUUCUGCUGGUUUAAUGAAUGGAACAAGGCUUCAGAUUACUGAGCUAAUGGAUUUUAUGGUUAAAGCAAAGAUUAUUACUGGAGAAAAGGUGGGCCGUACAGUUGAUAUUCCUAGGUUGUUAAUAACAACAUCAGACACAAAACUGCCAUUUAAGAUGCGUAGAAAGCAAUUACUUUUGGUUGUGGCGUUUGCAAUAACUAUAAAUAAAAGUCAAGGUCAAUCAUUGUCUGAAGUGGGUAUCUUUCUCCCACGACAUGUGUUUUCACAUGGGCAGCUCUAUGUUGGUGUUUCAAGGGUUACAUCUAAAAAAGGUUUAAAGAUAUUGAUUGUUGGCAAAGAUGGUAAACCUCAGACUAAAACUAUGAAUGUUGUGUUCAAAGAGAUUUUCGACAAUCUCUGA